CGCCAGCCGCAGCUUGGUCCCCACUCUGUUACCUCGCCAAUCAGUGUUAAGUGCAAUUUUUUCUGCCUUUGGGUUUUUUUAAUGGAUAGUACUGACAAUUGUUGAAGGUUUUAUGGUUUUCUGUUGAAAGGGACAUUGGUAACUGAUUAGGUUUGCUGUAGCCAUGUCAGGAUCAGCCCCCGAGGAGCCUCAGACCAUUCCUCAGAGCCCAGCUAGUGUUCCUGACCCCGCUCCCGUUGCUGUCGGACCUGGAGGCUCAAGUGACAGUACCUUUGGUGAGCAAAACCUUGGCUUCGCCACCCCCGAGGCCAGCCUGGUGGAGAUGAUGGACAUUGAGUACACCCAGCUGCAGCACAUACUUUGCUCGCACACGGAGGCGCAGAGUAGCGAAGGUGAAGUGGAAGCCAGGCUCAGCGCUUUCUCCUCGCCUGGCCCCUCUGCAGACCCCCCUCUGCAGCAGCCCUCCCCCAGCACCAGUCAGGACGGGGGCUCAUCCAACAGCUCUGGGAACCAGUCGGUCUGCCCAGUGACCUGUCAGUCAGGGUUGCCUUGUGACAGCUACUGGCCGAGUUCUAACCCGCACCUGGGCUAUGCUGACCUCCAGGAGCUCAGGAUGAUGUUACUUAGCGAGUCCAACCUCCCUGUGAACCAGAGAGAGAAAGCGCCCAACAGUAGUAGCUCUGUAGAAGUCUCGGGAUGCAGUGUAGCAAAAGCUAAACAGGGUGAAAAUUUCUUGGGGGAGAAUAAGGAAAACAUAUUUGUUGAAAAUUCGGCACUGGCACCAGAGGUUAGAUCUAAACCUGCAGUCAGAGCUCGGUUGGAAGACAGAUUCAACAGCAGCCCGACAGAAAACCCCAGAUGUCAAGAACCCCAAGAAUCUGGAGUAACUCUUAACAAUUUAGUGACAUUGAUCCGCCAGCCCUCAGAAGUGGUGGGUGUUCCUCUUCACCAGCAAGGGAACAGGUGUGCUGCACUAGGGAAAAAUAAGGCUGCACCUGCCACACAUUCCUUACCAUUUACUUACCCGUUCUUUACCAUGAAUGCAUGUUCUGCUGCUGGAAGUGCUAACCCUUCCCAAGCACAGACCUGUGGAACAUCUUGCACUAUUUUGGAAGCUGCCAAACAUCAAGACCUUGGGAUACCCAAAACAUUCCCUUUUCUCUAUCAGGAAGUUGAAUCCACAAAACAGACAGUAGGUGCUAUAAAUAAAGCUUUGCCUGAGGAAGUUUGGAUUAAAGUUGGAGACACCUUAUGCAAGCAAGCCAUAAACAGAAGUUGCAGCCGAAUAAAUCUGUUGGAUGCAAACAUGGAUCGCAAACCUCUCGGUGAGAUUCGGAACGCCCGGGACAACAACCAGAGCACUGCAGCUGCCCAGGGCCCCUGGCAGUCAGCACAGCCCAGCUCCAGUGUGCAGGUGCAGAGUGGUUCCCAGGAUGGAAGUGCUCAGAGGAGGGAAAGGCACAACCGCCUGGAGAGAGACAGGAGGCGCAGGAUCCGGGUUUGUUGUGAUGAGCUCAAUCUCCUCGUUCCCUUCUGCACGAUCGACACUGACAAGGCAACAACUUUGCAGUGGACAACUGCAUUCCUCAAGUACAUUCAGGAAAGGCACGGCGACUCCCUGAAGCAGGAAUUUGAGACUGUGUUCUGUGGUAAAACAGGCAGGAGACUAAAAAUUGGAAGACCAGACUCAUGUGUAAUGUGUCCAGCACAGGAAAACCGCACAGCUAUGGAGACCAAAUAGCCUGACCUGCC